AUGAAUCACAUCAUCAUCAUCAUCAAAUGAUAAUGAAUGAUCGAUUCCAAGAAUCAUCAUACACAUCAUCAUCACCAACAAUGAUGAUGGAUAAAACAAUUCCUAUGAAUUUUACAUCUACAUCAGCAACACCAGUAUCAUCAUCAACAUCAUCAUCAUCGUCGUCGUCCGCUUUAAUAAUGAACGACAAUAAUAAUUUAAUUAAUAAAAAUGAUGAUAAAUUUGAAAUUGUUUCAAAUUUCGAUAAUAUAAUGAAUUCAGAAAAACGUAAAGAAAAAUCUAGAAAAGCAGCACGUGAACGACGUAGUCAGGAGGCAAAAUUAUUCGAUUGUAUUGAAGAAAUAUUACCCGUACCGACAAAAAUAUUGGAACAUUUGGACAAAGCAUCAUUAGUACGAAUAGCCAUCAAUUAUCUAAAAAUACGUUCAGUAAUUGAACCAUUCAAUGUCAACAACAAUGAUACAAUAUUGGAUGAAUCAAUAAUCGAUAAAAUAACAAUCGAUCAUUCAUUUUUGAAUACAUUGAAUGGAUUUUUAUUUGUACUUUCAAAAAAUGGUGACAUUAUUUAUUUAUCCGAAAAUGUUGAACGAUAUCUUGGUUUAAAUCAAAUUGAUUUGAUGGGACAAUCAAUUUAUGAUUAUAGUCAUCCAUGUGAUCAUGAUGACAUUAAAACAUUUUUACAGCCAUUAAUUGAUGCAUAUAAUGCAACUAAAUCAUCAUCAUCAUCUUCAUCGACUAUUCCAUCAUCAAUGGAUUCAUUAUCGAUAAAAACAGAACCAUUAAAAACAUCAUCCAAAUCACCAUCAACUGUAAUAUCUUCAUCAUUAAAUAAUAAUAAUGAUCAAAAAAUACUUGACAAUACAAAUGGACCAUAUUUUAUACGUAUGAAAUGUACAUUGACGAAUAAAGGUCGAAGUCUUAAUCUUAAAUCAGCCAAUUAUAAGGUAAUCAAAUGUCAUGGUCGUAUGAUAAAUUUGGAACAAAUAAAUCCAAAAUAUGCAAAUCUGAUUGGUGAAAAUUAUCGUCAUUAUAUGAUUGUUAUUGCCGAUGUUAUACAACAUCCGAUCCGAAUGGAAAUACCAUUGAAAAGUGAUUUAUUCAUUUCAAAACAUUUACCUAAUAUGAAAUUUUCAUAUGUUGAUGAAAAUAUCAAAGAACUUUUUGGCUACAAUGUUAAUGAAUUGAUUGGCACAUCAUUUUAUCAAUAUUUUGAUGGUAAUGAUUGUAAACAGCUUAGCAUUCUGUUCAAAACAUUGUUUUCAAAAGGACAAUGUGAUUUUGGACAAUAUAAAUUUCUAGUAAAAACUGGUGGCUAUCGUUGGAUAACAACACAGGCAACAAUUAUAAAUGAACCAAAUUCAAGCCGACCACAAAGUAUUAUAUUAAUACAUCAGGUUAUUAGCAACAUUGAAAAUGGUCAUCUAUUGACUUCGGAUCUUCAACAACAACAACAACAACAAUUGACUAUAAAUAGUGCCAUUAGAUCUGAUAACAUUUCGACUGUUUGCAAUAAUAAUAAUAACAAUAUAUCAUUAUCACCAAUUGCACCAUCACUUAAUCAUCAUUCGGUUGUCAGUACAACAAGUUCGAUUAUUGAAUCAUCAAUCAAACAUCAUCAUCAUCAACAACAACAGCAACAACAAACAUCAUUUCCUUGUCAACAAAAAUCUGUUUCAAUAUCAAUUCCAGAAUUGGCCAAUAUUGAAUGUCCAUCAUUGUCGACGACUAUUGUAUCUUCUUCAACAGCAUCAUUAGUGGCAGUUCCGGCUUUAAUAAAUGAUCAACAACAUCCUCCAUUGAUUUCACCACCACUGCCUACAACAUCAACAAAUUCAUCGUUUAUUACUAAGAUUAAAGAAGAAAAACAAGAUCAAGAAUCUGAAAAACAGCAGUUAAAACAAAAACUUUUACAACAACAACAACAGCUUGUCGAACCAAUCUGUCAGCCACAAUCAAUAACUGAUCAAUUCAUAUCAAGUACCGAACAAGUGUUGGCACCUAAAACGGCCGACAUGGAAAGUGGUUUUCUUGUGUUCACUGAAGAUAAUAAUGGCCUUACCGUAUUGAAUGAUGCUGAUGAUUUAACACAUUUAGCACCGGAUGCUGGUGAUCUUUGUGUACCAAUGUUUCCUGAUAUGGAUUUUACCGAUAUGAAUAUUUUCGAUGAAAUCUUUCUUAAUAGUUCAUCAUUUAAUAUAUCCGCUAAUGGCGGUGUAUUAUCUGAAGAUGAAUUUCUUAAUAAUCUUGUAUCAUUAGAUCCGAAUAUUAAUGAUAAACUUAAAUUGGAUAGUAUGGAUAAUAUUGGUAUGGAUUUUGAAAAUCAAUUUAUGAUGAAAAGAUUUCCAACAGAAACAUUUUCCGAUCUAAAUAAUCAUCAUUCAAAUAAUUCGGUAAAAGAUUCAUUAAAAUCUAAUGGACUUGAUAUGAAUUCAAAUGAUCCAUUUUUAUCAUUUACAAAUGAUGAUUUUUUAUUAUCAAAUUCACCUAAUGGAUCACGAUCCGAUUGUUCAAUGGGAGAAUCAUCAUUCAUUAGUUCAAAUGAUUCAUCACCAUCAUCAUCAUCGUCAUCGUCGUCACAAUAUUCACCAAAAUCAAUAUCAGAUGAUUCGAUGGGAAAAUUAUGUGAUAAUAAUAAUAAUAAUUUGAAUGAUGAUAAAGAUUUAGAAAUGCGUGCACCCUUCAUACCGAUUGAUGAUGAUUAUCUAUUGAAUGAUUUUCCUUGUUCAAAUCUGGAUGAUCUAUUUGAUUGGAUUUCUAAUACAAAUAUUAAUAAUAAUAAUAAUAAUGAUGGCAAUAAUAAUCUAACUAUCACAAACAACAACAAUGGUGGCAAUAAUAAUACAAAGUUAAAUUGUUUUAAUGAUCCAUUUAAUAGACAACAACAAUUUUCAACA